CACUACUUUUGACUGACUCUCACGGCAGUGAUUGUGCUCAUAUCUGAGUCUCUGAGCUUAUGCAUGUGUCCUCAGUGGUGCCAUUUGCAGCCUUAACGGACACGCGCGCACUCCAAUGUCACGUCACCAUGAGAGCGCGCUGCUGAACGCGUAGUCGCUCAGAGGCUCUCCGGGUUUCUCUUAGCUUUACUCCCGGGAUCUGAGAACACAAUGGUGAACUCCAGUUUUGAUCCUUCCACUGCGGCGAUUCUAGACUUCCCGGAGAAUGUCAUGAACGCAUCAGAGAUCACGGACGUUGCUUUGGCGAGUUGGAGCGCGUCGGAGGAUCCGGCGGUACCCGCGCGCGCGGUCGUGGCGUUCUGGGACUCGCCGUUAAGCCAUGGCAUGAACGUAGUGGUGGGCUUCAUCCUGUGUUUCACCAUGCUCGGGCUCGGCUGCACGGUGGAGCUCAGUCAUAUAGGCGAGCACGUGCGCAGGCCAGUCGGGGUUCUCCUCGCGGCCAUCUGUCAGUUCGCCAUCAUGCCGCUUGUGGCUUUCUUACUGGCGCUCGCCUUCUCUCUGGACGACGUGGCCGCCGUGGCGGUGCUGCUGUGCGGCUGCUGCCCGGGGGGCAAUCUGUCUAAUCUCAUGACCCUCCUGAUCAACGGCGAGAUGAACCUCAGUGUUAUAAUGACCAUCUCGUCCACGGUGCUGGCGCUGCUGCUCAUGCCCCUGUGCUUGUGGCUGUACAGUCGUGCGUGGAUCGACACGCCGGUGGUGCAGCUGCUGCCGUUGGGCGCCGUCACUCUCACCGUGUGCAGCACACUCAUCCCCAUCGGACUCGGGGUCGCCCUCAGGUCUCGUUACCCGCGCACCGCCGACAUAGUUCUCAAGGUGUCUCUGUGGUUGAUGCUCAUCACACUGGUGCUACUGUUCAUCAUGACAGGUGUGAUGUUGGGGCCCAAGUUGCUGGCGACCAUCCCUCCUGCCGUGUACGUAGUUGCCGUGCUGAUGCCUAUGUCGGGAUAUGCAGCAGGCUACGGGCUGGCCAUGGCUUUCUCUCUUCCACCCAACAGCUGCCGCACCGUAUCACUAGAGACGGGAUGCCAGAACGUCCAGCUCUGCACUGCCAUCCUGAAGCUGACUUUCCCGCCACAGCUCAUGGGGGCGAUGUACAUGUUUCCUCUGCUCUACGCGCUCUUCCAGGCAGCCGAAGCUGCCAUCAUCAUCCUGGUGUACCGCGCCUACAGAACCGAGGUGCUCGGCAAGCAGGACCUGAAUGGAGAUGACGACGAUGACACCAACAUCACGUACAAGAGAAUGAAGGAGGAUGAGGAUGGUCCAUUUGACACUGCGUACGGUUCGGUAACCGUAAACAAUCCCAACUGCAUUGAGCUGGAGACUCAGGGAGGGGCAGGAAGCCCAACACCUCUGUAAUAGACACACAAAACAACAGGACAUCACUGUGAACACAUGCUUGAACUCUGCAAUAUAUUGUGACAUUCCACGUUUUUAUGUCGAUCGCUCACUGCUGAAGUAUUAAAGCUGUACUGCAAAUCUGAUUUCACAUAAAACAUAAGGAUUAGACGGGAAAUACAGCUCUGAAGCCUUUCAUCUAAAACGAGACCUCUAAACUCAUCGCAUGUUUAAGAAACUCUUCUAUUCAGAAAAACUAGGGGAAAAAAUAUAAAACUUAUGUCUUAAUCUUGGCCUUAUGCAUUAAUAUUUUAAUGAUUACUCAUAUUUAGAGUUCUAAGAAUAAAUCAUUCCUGGGAAUGAAUAAAUUUACGAUCCUAAAUGCUUCGCUUAAAGACACUUCUAAAUAUUAUAACAUUUACCUGAUUCACAUAUAGGACUAUUGAAAUAAAAGCCUUACGUCGAAUCUCAGAAAUAAACUUACAGGUGAUGAAGAAACUCCAAAUUCAUGACUUUUAUUCAGUGUAUAUACGAAGGCACAAUAGGAUUUGGGUAAGUGAUCACUAAGGUGCCAAAAGGAGUUAUUAAGACUGGACCAUCACUACUUCUUUUAUUAAAAUACAGAAUUGAUCUGUAACAGAUAUGUUUACAGUAAAUGAGAUGAAGGAGUCAGGUAUAUAAGUAUACUGUUAAUAAAAGCGUCCUAUCGCUCAGCCUUA